AAAUAAAACAUGGUUUCAUUUAGAUCUCACUGUUUGGUAAACAUUUCGAAAAUACAUUUAUAUGAUUGCGAAUUUGUUGUAGUUGCUUAAGGAGUCCGUAAAAUGCCUUUCAAACUGAAACUCAAGAAAUCUAGGCAGUACAAUGUUGUAUCAAAAUCGCUUUUUGUUAUAUCUGUUGAAAUCCUCGACGGUACAAUAGUAGAAUGCACCCUGUCUUCCGAUAGUACUGGCCAAGAUUGUUUGGAUAUUGUGUGCCAGAAGCUUGGAUUAAAUCAGUCAAAAUUUUUCGGACUGCAAUAUGUAAGCCGUCAUAGUGAAAAUGAUCCUUGUUGGCUAGAAUUGGAUCGACCCAUAAAACGUCAACUUGAUAAAUAUGCUAGAGGGUUAAGUGUGUACCUGAGGGUAAUGUAUUAUGUUAUUUCCGGAGUUCGACUGAUAAACGAUGAAGUUACCAGAUACCAUUAUUUCUUACAAUUAAAGCAAGAUAUUAUAGAAGGAAGAAUUUCUUGCACACCUCAACAAGCUGUAGAGCUGGCAAGCUACUCCAUGCAAGCGGAAUUUGGGAAUUUUGAUGCUGAAAGGCACACUUCACAUUAUUUGAAGGAUUUUCAACUUUUUCCGAAG